UUUACAGUUAAACAUACAGUAUGGUUGCACGGUUUGACAGGGUAGCACAACUCGACACAACACCAGAACCGGGGCCCCACGGAUGACGCGCUCCGAACCCGUCAGUGCGUUUGUAUGGCAGUCCCCCCGCCGCCAUUUUGGGAGUCAGAAUAUCAAUCAGUGGUGUGUGUGUGUGUGUGUGUGUGUGUGUGUGUGAGUGAGAAAAAGACUGGAGCCCCGCGCAGCUCCUGGCGCUCUGUAACAUGGUUCACACGUGCGUGGUGUCCGGCUGUCGGAACAGGAGGACCCCCGGCACCGCGCUGUCCUUCUACAGGUUCCCCAGAGACCCCGAGAGGAAGCAGCGCUGGAUCGCCGCGGUGAAUCGUGAAGGCUGGAUGCCAAACGAGGGCAGCAGACUCUGCAGCACCCACUUCAUUUCAGGUAGACAAGUAAAGAACCCACGGUCUCCAGACUAUGUUCCCUCUGUUUUCACUUCAGCACCUCUGUCCCCGAAUAUAAAAGAAGCCAACGCCUUUGAACCCUAUGACAAACAAGAGGCGCAAGUGGAGGCUGCUAAUGCCUUGCUUUUCCUGCAAGGGCAGGGGCGUCUGAAAGAGGGCCAUAGCCAUAACCACUGUCAGGGGGAUCCAGAGAGUGCAGCCUCUUCACUAAACAGCUAUGAUGAAGAGGAGGAGGACGACGACGAUGAUGACGACGAUGAGAGGGAAGAAGAAAGUGUAUUAGAAAGCGAGGACCAGAUCAAACAAGAAAUACCACUGAGAAACAUUUGCACACAGUCAGUCAACUAUGAGGCCAGUCUCAACGCCCUGAGAAAAGAGAACAUUGAACUGAGGGGGUCCUUAGCGAAGAUGUCCCUCACGGAAACCUCGUUCCGGAACGAUCCAGAGAAAGUUCAGUUCUACACAGGAUUGCCAAACUAUUUUGUGUUUGAGACUGUAAUGUGGCUGCUUGUACCACAUAUGAAGGGAGACAAAAAUGCCAAGCUUUCAACAUUCCAGCAGUUACUUCUCACGCUAAUGAGACUUAGGCUUGAUCUUAGGAAUCAGGAUUUAGCUUACCGUUUUGGAGUUAAAGUUGCAACAGUAACCAGAACUGUUCAUCGAGUCAUCAACAUAAUGUUUACCACUCUGGUACCCACAGCUGUGUAUUGGCCGUCAAGGUUGGAGCUUCGGAAAAACCUUCCUGCUGCUGUGAAGUGCUCACAUCCAGACUGUGCCGUGAUAAUUGACUGCUUUACCGUGUCCCUCGAAAAAGCAGUCAGUGUAGAUGUAAACCCUCAUUGUGCAGCAUCAGCAGCGGACAUGGUCCCUCAGUCUCCUCACAAGGCAUUUGUCAGUGAGCUCAAAUAUGUGAUUGGUGUUGCCCCUCAGGGUGUUGUCAUGUUUGUUUCCAGGGGGUCACCAGGGAAUGUCAGCGAUAAGACUUUAGUACAGAGUAGUGGUCUCCUAUGUAAACUCCUGCCUGGGGAUGUAGUAUUGGCUGAGAGAGAUUUUGACAUUAGAGACUUGGUCAGUGCUUGUAGGGCUGAGCUUAAAAUCACUAGUAGUGAUCAUCAUGGUGAGAUCUUUACAGGUGACCAACAUUUAAGAGAACAGGCCUCUCUGGUCACUGUAGAAAGGUUGAAUGUGUAUAAUCAUGUGGGGAGGGUCAUACAAAUGGUCAAGAAAAGAUAUUCUAUGCUCACUGGUCCAGUGGAGAGUCCUUUUACAGUCCUAGACCGUAGUUCAGGCGUGACCACUUUUGACAAGAUAGUACAGGUUGCCUGUGCCUUAAACAACCUGUGUAUAUCUGCUGUCCCACUAGAGUAGAGUAAGGUAAAUUUGUGUACACAUUUUGCAUUCAUACCGUUUCACUCCAUAUUUCUCAUUCCUUUAAUUGAUUCCAUUAAGGCUUUAUUCCAUUUAAAUUAUGAUGCCAGAAUUUUCUGCUUUCAGGUAGACAGUUUAAACUGGAACAGGUCUCCACAGGUCGGGUUCCAAAAGGAGAUGGACCAUCUUAGAUGGUCGAGCAAGCUUCACACUGAGCACUCUCUCUCUCCACGUAAAGAUGUAUUAAAUGCUAAAAUGCUUUUGGCAAACUGGGUCCAAAUUUCCUACUGAGUAGUUUGGAAGAGUCUCACUAAUUACAGAAUUAAGAAUCCAAGAUGGCUGUACCAUACACAAACAGUAGUACUUUUUUUAGCACUUCUUUUUUAUUUGUCUCAUUAAGUUAGUUGUGCAGUACUGUCUAACUUCCAUCUGUAAACAGACUGUAUCAAUGGUUAGCAGCUGGUAUCACUAAAAAGCUAAAACCAUAACCUGGUAAACUCAGGUAAAUAACUGUCAAACCAGUUGUGGUAAACUUUUUAGCUUGCCGUCAGAAAUGUUUUGAAAUAUUAUACACUUUCCUCAUUUACCAUGUUUAACUGGAACGCUGUCAACUCUGGUGUGACAUCUCCAAUAUCUGUGGGGAAAGGGAUGCAGAAUAAGUAUCUCACCAUCAUAAGCAUGUUGUGUAAAAUUAUGGCUGCCCAUUGUUUUUUGUGUUUUUUUUUUGCACUUAAUUAUUUGGAAAACUAAUAAAAAAAAAGAAGUGAAUGGUCCAAAAAAUGUGGAAAAAAAUCAAAUAGAAUGCUAAUUUUACUAUUUAUAAGUAGCAUUAUCACUGUUACUAUAAACAUACUUAUGAUAUGUAUUUUCUGAUUAGAACAUAAUGAACUACACAUUCCUUUAUCUGAACCACAUAAAACCAAGGGCAUCUGCAGUUAGAUCUGGCUAUUAAAUGUAUUUCUAGUGACUUUAUUCAUAUUCCAAUCACUUGUGGUUCUUUAGUUUGACUGUGCAAAACUUUCUAAAGAGAAAGCGUUAUAAUGAGAAACCAAUGUCUGAUCAGAUCUAGUCUAUAUAUGUCCAAAAGUGUACCAAGCAUCAGCUAGAGACGUAUAAAUCUCUCCCAAAACUGGAACCUACAUGGUCCUAAAUAAGAUGUGUGUCUGACUCAUGGCCAUGCAGCCUUAAUGAGAGUGGUCAUCUGAAUUCACAUUUAUCCAGCUUUACGAACUAGUAAAAAUAGUAAAAUUGUGUAAUUUAACACCAUCAGAUACUAAGUUUGGUUUAUUCUGGGCUGAAGUGGCUCAAAUGUUAUUGUUUGGAUUAAUGUGACACAGGUUCAGUAAUUUAGUAUUUUUGGUAAUUUUGAAUAUAACACUGACAGUUUUAAAGCAGAUCUCCGCCAUUAUGCUACAUGCAGUCAGGUUCAUGAGGUAAUGAAGGAACAGGCCAUAUCUGCUCACAAAUCUCCAGUUAAUUGUCUGAUUACCUGUGAAAGAGACGGUCCAGUUUUCAAAGACAGUGUUUGUCAUUCUUACGUCUUAGUGCCUUAGCCUGUAUACUGGCAAUACAGUGGUGUCAAAACAGCUGUUGUUUUGUACAUGGUUGAUACAUGUUUCAUAUUUUUAUUUCAUUAGGCUGUUGACAUUGAACUUUGACUAUUGGUAGUAUACUUUUUCCUUUUGUAUUGGUGUCAUAAUGUUACUGAAAACAUAAAGCUAUAAUAAGUUAUUUUUGUUGUUUUCUAUGUCAACACUAAUAACCUCCUGCAUGUUGUAUUUGAUUUAGAGUGUAUUUUUAUGUUUGUGCCUCAGCAUUUGCUGAGCUUGGGCAUUAAGCGCACACAAACUGUAUGACCGCCCCCUUUUGCACAAUGUUAGUAUUUCCCAUUUUCUGACAUAGUACAUUUUGCUGCAUUUGGCUAUAUGUUUGUAUAUGACUGCUGGAAAGCUUUAUGUGGUGCAUUUAAAUUACAGGUUUUACGCAGACAUGCAGAUUUGCAUUUAUAAUGUGUAAAUCAUAGAAUUUGCACAAAGUCUGCAUUACUUAAAGACUUGUUACGCUGCUUUACAUAUGUGUGCUUGUAUGGAGAUACUGCUAUUCUAUGCUAAUGUAGCAUCAUGUUUAUUAAAUAUACCCUGUGUAUAUUCCUUCCCACAAAAUUA